GAUAAACUCUGGCCACUCUAGCAAUCAGCUGACAUCGAUGUUUUUUAGCGAUUUUCGUGCUACCGCGUCAAGGUCACUCUAAGCACGUCUUUUUUGUUGGCCCGUAGUUUUUCAGCGAAAAGGUUUUGCAACAGGACAAAGCAAAAAAAGACCUUCAAAAGAUGGGAGCCCGACAGUCUCAAUCCCGCGAACCCCGAUCCGUUUCGAUGGAAAACCCAACUCCAGCCGGCGUUAUUGAUAUAUCCGAUGAUGUCGUCAAGCGGUUAAAGGCAGGAAUCUCCCAGCAAGCUCGCGAGCACGCCGCCGCUGCGGAGGAUUCAAAGCCAGCGUCCAAGCCGAAAGCUGCUGCCAAGCCAGCCACAUCCUCGCCAGCUCCUGCGCCUGCUGCUCCUGUCCCUGGGGGCUAUCCUGCGGCGGUUCCCAUUUAUGUGCAGGGAGGCGGACACACCAUUAGCGCGGCGGAUGUGCAGCGCCAGAUGAACCAGGAGCUGGUCAAGAACGACGAGCUGUGGAAGGAGCGCAUGACGAAGCUGGAGGAGAACCUCAAGAAGACGAACACCAUCCUGGAGAAGGAGUACGCCAACGCAGUGGAGAAUGUGCACAAGCGAUUCGUUAGCACCGCGUCCACACACAAAGUGCCUCCCUGCCAGGAUCUUAAGUCCCAACUGCUCGCCUGCUACCGUGCGCAUCCUGGAGAGACCCUGAAGUGCAUGGAGGAGGUGGCCCAGUUCCGGCAGUGCAUCGAUCUGCAUCGCGUCAAGAAACUGGAUGCGGAACCAGAGGCUCCAAAGGCGGCUUCCAAGACUACCGUUCCUGCCAAGGCGGCCUAGAGUCUUAGGAACUCUCUUGUCCUGAUUUGUUGAGCUUUUCUUUAAGGCCCCUUGUGGGUUUUGUAUAAACGAUGGAUCGAACGAUUGGAAUGCACUUCGAAAGCUUCAGCGCGAGAGUGUCAUUGCGAGCAUUAGUAAACUAAUUUAAAUGAAUCAAAA